GUUCAACUGGGAGGUGAGAUGCCAGCGAUGUUGAAGUUUCUUGUACAGGCAAAGCAAGCUGGAAAUGUACAGCUGCAGUUUUUUAUAACCAGCCAACCGGACUUUCAUCCAAACGAAGAUUUUUUUCGGAAAUCGCGGAUGAUCGCAAGGUCUUGGUAUUGGACAAGGCUGAUCCAACCGCUCUCAAGCGGGAUUUGGAGUCCUACAUAAGUGUCAGAUUUGUAACCAUCCAGCAAAAGCCCGCUUUCUGUCUAGAUUCUAGCUGGCCUGGAAAUGGGCCGAUUAAGGAGCUCGCUGAAAAUGCUUUUCCAUUAUUCAUUUUUGCUUCAACCACUUGCAACUUCAUCGGUGAAGGUACGGGGAACCCAAGGAAACGCCUUGGUGACUUUUUAUCGGUAUUACAAGAGCCAAAAGUUUCUGAGCCAGUUAGAUCAGACGUACUGGCCUAUUCUGAGUCAAUUCGAUGAUGACCAAGAAACGUUGGACACCUUCCACAAAGUCGUUGGGAGCUUGAUAGUUCUUCCCGCACCACUCACGGUCAAGACUCUUGACGUUAUAAUCAACGAAGACGAGGGAACCAUCAAUCCCAUCCUCCACUUUCUCCACUCUGUAUUCUUUAUACCUUUAACUGCUGAUGAGAAGUUCAAAUGCGGCAUUUGUCUUUCAGAGACCAUCUCAUAGACCCUCCUGCAAACGGCAAUCCAUUCCGAGUGGAUGAGAAAAAUGCUCAUCGGGAGCUGGGCCAUGGAUGUAUUGCUGCAAUGGGCAAAGGACUUUAAGGAUU